AAAAAAGAGAAAACCAAAUGGUCUUUGAUUUCAUAAGCUACGGUCCUGGCUGAUUCUUUUUAAUUAUACACACAUUUGCAUCUGUGUAUCACGAAAUGUUGAUUUUGAUAUCAUCUGGAGCCUCGAUCAGUGUUAUUUCGUUCAGAUCUUCACUUUUGUAAUUUUCCAUCGAUAAAAGACAGAGCUACGUUUUUCAACAAGAUAUGUUGCCUUUAAAAAUUUCUCUAUUCAUGUGUGUGGAAUUAAUAAUUAUUAAUCAAGUUCUAUCCAGAGUAGAGAAUACGAUAAACGAAAAGGCCGAACUAAUAUGUGCACAAGUUAUCUUUCAUCAUGGUUUUCGAAAUCCAUUUUCAAGUUUUCCGACAGAUCCAUGGAAAGAUAAAAAGCAUUUCAUCGGUGGAUUUGGAGCACUUUUAAACAGUGGAAAACAGCAACAAUACGAACUGGGCAAAUAUUUGCGAAGAAGAUAUCUUCUUGGAAAUGAACGAAACAUAAACAAGAUGGUUUAUGUUCAAAGCAUUGAUGACGAGCGUAGUUUGAUGAGUGCCGAGACGGCGAUGGCUGCUUUUAGUUUAACCGAUGUUAAUAAUAGUUCGAGUGUGCAUUUACAAUGGCAACCAAUUCCAGUGCACACAAUUCCACAAGAAAAUGAUUACAUUUUGGUUGGAACAAAGUCAUGUGCUCGCUACAAUCAUGCGUAUAAAAUGUACAAAAAAUCUACCGAAUAUAAAGCAUUAAUGAAAAAAUCAAAGACUUUAUAUCAGUACUUGGAGAAACAUUCGGGAAAAGAGAUGAAAAAUCUUCAAUCCGUUCACAACCUUUACGAUACACUCCGAAUUGAAAAUUUACAAAAUAAAACUAUGCCAAAAUGGACUCAAAAGGUGAUUGCACAGCCUGAAUAUGAAUCGAUUGCGGUACUGUCACUAAUCCGCGGCACUGAAACACCCGAAAUGGCGCAUUUGAGUUCGGGCUUUUUAAUACGUGAAAUAUUGGAGCGUUUCAAAGAAAAAAUCAAAUCAAACUUGGUGCCGGAUCGUUCACUUUUCUUCUAUUUUGCAAAUGAUGCAACAAUCGCUCGUGUCUUAAAUGUUCUCGGACUAUUCGAUUUCUAUAUUGUGCCAUUCGCAGCGAGUCUUCAUUUUGAAUUGUACAAGUCAAAUGAUGACCUUUACUUUCAAAUCGUCUAUAGAAAUACAACAGAAGAAAAUCCAUUGCCCCUCGACAUUCCAAUGUGUGGAACAAAAUGUUCGUUGGAAAAGUUUCAUGAAAUCUAUGCAAAAAUCAUUCCAACUGCAUCUUUUGAAGAAGAAUGCCGAAUUCCAACUGCUUUUGAUGAUUUUAAAAAUGGAAGCCUAGUUUUGCUAGUGAGCCUAUUCAUGAUUUUAACAGUCAUUGCUGUCUUGUCAUGGAUAGUUACUCGGGAGGAAGCAGACCCUGAAUGAAUUCAACGUGGAAAAAAUUCAAAUCAAUAAAUUUUAAAAAUGUGAUUUAAAAAAUACACUUUUUGCAAGCGAUUGCUAUAUAUAAUAUUGCUCAGCGCUGCUGCCAUCCACAGCAUAUUAAAAUAUCUUCAUCACAGUGAACAACAAUACAUGCAUUGUUCUCUAUACAAUCGUUUUAAUGUUUUGACUCAAAACUUUUGAGUCACAUAAUCGUGAAGAGAACAAUGCAUGCAUUCUUGUUUGCUGUGAUGUAUAAACUCCUACGUACAUUCGCAUGCGACGGACGACGCAUUCUC